AUGCCACCGCCAAACUUGCCACCAGAACUAUGGAUGAAAAUCUUCACCCAAUCAGUUACCAGCAGCUUUCAAGAUACCCUUCGCAGCAGUUUUGCAGUCUGGGAAUUCUCUCCAGGGUCUUUCCAGUGGAGUUCCUCGCCAUGGGAGAUAUCCCGUGUCUGCAGGAACUGGCGUAAUAUCAUCAGCGCCAUGCCGGAGCUGUGGUCCUCGAUUGAAAUAUCCUCCUUUGCUCCAGGCCCGAAUAUCGUCCCUUUCCUUGAUUUAUACUUAAAACGUUCACGAGGACGAGGCCUCGACGUUGUCAUCAUGACCGAUGACAGUAAUAAUCGUUCGGACCACAAAGACCAGCACUUUCUUGAAGCCGCCUCGUUCUUGAUGCAACACAAGGCUCGAUUUCAGAAACUCGUGAUGGUGAUAAGAUUUGACGAUUUUCCUUGGGGCGAUUACUCCCUUGAACAUCCGGUCUUUCCGAUCCUCGAAAGUGUCUGCCUUGGUGGAGAUGGAGAACUUUUUCCAGCUCCGCGUCAGUUUUGGGAGGGCAUCAGGACGGCCCCUAAACUUCACAAUGUCACUCUGUCAUAUUCACUUGUGUUAUCAACCGACAACUUCCUUCAUAUACUUGCCAAUUCGCAGGUCGAAUUGUUGGAGAUACACAAUAUUUUCAGUCUUGAAGACGGUUUUCAUAGUUUCAGACGGCUUUUCCCUACGCUCAACAAGAUUGAAACCUUGAAGAUUUGCGAUUGCACGGAUGCGGCCAUGGAAGCUCCAUUCUCACCCCGACUGAGAAACCAAGCCCUUCGUGCACUCUCCAUCGAGCAGAACGAUAGGCCCCAUGAAUAUCUAUCAUCCCUCGAAUUACCUUCGCUUGAGACACUUCUGUUAUCAUGCAUACACCUGGACUCAAUCUUCAAAGCACCUCCACUCCACUGGGUUUCUGACCUCUUCAGAAUCCUUCAACGAUUCCCCUCCCUCCAGCGUCUUUCCUUUCACUUCAACAUCGAGGAUGAAAUUCGACGGCAAUCCAAUCCGGCCAGACUCGUAGAACUCCUACAAUUCCUCCCGAAUCUCACCGCCCUUGACGCUCGCAUAACAGGCGGAGGUGGUAGCUGCAGCACCAAUCUCCUCCUCGCGCUGGUUUCAAGAUCGGGUCUCGGUCGGAGGCUCAAAAGUCUCCGUUUGAAUGAGGCCGAUUGCCACCUUGACUCGGAUCUCAUCCUUCGUCACAUCAUGGCGCUAGAAACUAGGGUCGCCAAGUCGAAAGACCCAAGGGAUGGAAAUGCAAUAGCUCAGUUAAGCGACGUGCGGUUACUGUUCGGUUUCAGACCGCAGCGUCGGUCAGCUGAAAUGACCGAGUUUGAAUCCCUUGACAGAAAAAUGCAGCUACUUGAACUUGUUGGGACAAAAUGUGCUCUCUUCCGAUGUUUUGAGAAGGACUUCGAAUCGAGUUCGUUUUUUGUAAUGGGAUCCAAGUCUCUGGAAGAUCCAGCUGUACACGCGUUCGAUAGGCUACAUGUAUCCAUUUGA